GAGAGCUUACUUUAUGAGCUCAGUGAGCUUUGGAACAUGAUUGGCGAUAUCGACGAGCGUCAGAGGGUCGAACGACUCUGGUUUGGCCUAAAGACCGAUAUACAGCGCGAGCUGUGGAAGAAAGAGUUGAACCUGGAGGUAUCGGGUUUCAAUGAGGUCCUGGCGGCGGCUGAAAUAAUUGAGAUUUCUCAGUCA